UUCAUUCAUGUUAUUAGCUUGGGAGCCGAAGUAAUGGUUUCUUUUUUUUUUAAUGGCCCAUUCAGCUUCUCAACUCAUCAAAACGCUUUCUCCUCCAAACCAUUAGGCGAAGAUCUGUUCAUGGGCCUGAAAUGUUCCUUUUUUGUUUGGCAACAAAGAUGCAUACACUUUAUGGAUUGAAACCAACCCAAAAAAUUAUCAAUUUAGAAUUUACUGAUCAUCCAAUUCAUCCCCUUUUGUCAUGUAAAAACCGAAUCGUCAUUUCAAUUUUUUUGAUAGGAAACUAAAUUGUCACUACAAACAGAGCAAGAGAACACAGUAACGUUAUAACAUUUCCAAACUCAAAAAGAAAAACACAGCAUCUUCUUCACUCAUGGCCACCUCGAGAGAGCUCUCCUCGAAGCUUAUCAGAGAUUAUGAUGAUGAUGAAGAAGUAUGGCUGACACACUAUUCAUCGAACCAUCAGAUACUUCUCGUGGGCGAAGGAGACUUCUCAUUCUCCUGCAGCUUAGCUUCCCGCUUCCGCUCUGCUUCCAAUAUCUGCGCUUCCUCCCUCGAUUCAUACGGUGAACUUGAUAUUGUUUUCUCCCGUGAAGUUUCUAUGACAAAGAGUUUAGUUAGGGUUUUGAUCUCACUUCCACCUUAUGCUUCAAAUGACAAGAAUCCAAAUUCAUUUGAAGAGUUGAAAGUUUGUACCUUUUAAGUUGGAUUCUCCCUCUGCUGUUUGUUUAAUGUCUCUUAUGGUGAUUUUGAAGCAGAUGAUGUGGUUAGAAAGUACAGCAAGGCAAGAUCAAACCUUGCUACUCUCAAGAGACUUGGAGCUUCCCUCUUACAUGGUGUUGAUGCAACCAAACUCCACCUACACCCUCAUCUUAACUCCAGAAGAUUUGACCGUAUCAUCUUCAACUUCCCUCACGCCGGCUUCCACGGCAAAGAGACUGAUUCAAGACUUAUACAGUAAGUAUAGUGCCCCCUGUCUUCUCCCAGUUGUAUGUGUACUUAUUAUCUCAUCUUCUUUUGUUGUACUUAUAGGAAGCAUAGAGCACUGGUGUUUGGAUUUUUUCAUGGAGCAGCCCAUAUGGUAAGAGCUGAUGGAGAAAUCCACGUCUCUCACAAGGACAAAGCACCUUUUUGUAACUGGAAUCUCGAGGAGCUCGCUAGCAGAUGCUCUCUUGUGUUGACACAGUGCGUGGCGUUCGAGAAGAGCGAGUACCCUGGUUACGAGAACAAGAGAGGAGAUGGGUGUAGAUGUGACAAGCCUUUCCCUUUGGGAGAGUGCACUACUUUCAAGUUCGCUGUCUCUCGCGUCGCUAAGGAGAUUUAUGCUGAGAAGGUGAGAUGGAGAGAGACGAAGGAACGAGAAUCAAAGUUGCUCAUGUAUCCCCUCCAGCCACAAACACAAUCUCAAGGUGUUAGCCAAAGACCUGUACAAGUGCAUGAUCCUUUGGUUCAAUCAAGACAAUUGAGAACAUCUCCACUGGAUCUUGGUUAUUACCGAGAACUAAUUAGAUGUUCACAGUUUGAAGAUGCUAGAUAUAUCCCAACAGCUCAAAGACCAGCGUCUUUUGCUCUUGAAAGACACCAUGAUCACUGUUAUCAAGACAACUUAAGAUACAACGAAAGAAGCAGCUUCCAGUUUCAUGAGUUCUGUCAUCAUCGUGAAGAAGAACGGUGCCUUGAAUGCUCAAGCCGCUUCAGUGGAGUUCCGCUUGAUAUUUAUAACAGGGAAAGACAGAGUAUGCUAACACGGACGAGCUAUCCUCGUCGGUACACUGGAGAAUCACCAGAAAGACGCCCUCUGCUUUGGCAAGAACCAUUCUUCCUACGCUCUUCUCAUCAACUUUAUGGUUGGGAAGGUGGAAGAACAAUGUCAACAAGUACCGGCUUUCAUCAUUUGCACACAGAAGAAGGAAGAUUGAUUAGGCAGAGAAACCUCAGCAUUUACCAUCCAUACCACUGGUAAAAUCAUAUUGGUUUCCAGUUGAAUGAAAUCAAACAAAGGUGUCUGAAGCUUGGAGUUACUAAGCAAAAUCUGUUUUAUGAAUUGCGGUUUGCUAACCAAACCACUGACAGCGACUAUCUCAGUAUGGGGAUGAGAAUGUAGCCAAUGUAGAAGUAGUUUUUAUUUUAGCGUAUUGGAUAAUGUGUAGUGGAAGUCUUUCAUCUUGCAUUGUCCAUCGUAGCUUCUCCAAGAGAUUUCUCAGUACUCUUGUUUUGAUGGUCUAUCUUCUCCACACUAUGCAUAACUAGGUGGAUCCCAAGGUAAGCUUACAAUAGGCCCUUUUUAUAGUUUUUGAGGACUACAAUCUAGUAAUAUUCAGUAGAAGAUGAUAAUAAACACUCAAAAUCCUAUAAUAUCGAUUCACCUCUUAUUAGUAUGUAUUACACUUAAAAAAUCUUGGUUUCUCUCUUUACUCAAGCACCCAUAUCGGAAUAUUCCCUCCGGUGGUUUCUUUCCCGUCGUUAUGAAGAGAGUUAUAAUUAUUUUGGUAGAUCACGUUCUUCUUUCUUCAGCAACGGAUAGUUCGAAAGAUGGAGUGUGAGAAAUCAGUGAAGAAAGCUGCGAAAAUAGCAUCUCUAUUGCUUCUUCUGAAAUGUCUUGCAAGCCAAGUUAGGUCAUGUUUCAUGUUGUUUUCUGUUUCCUAUAUUCCAGCCUAUUUCUGAAGGCAAUUUAGUUUUCCAUUGCAUUACAAACAAAGAUACUAAAAAUAAAUUUCUUCAACAACAAAAAACAAUAAACAAAAAUUCGCUUUUUAACUUCGAUUAUUGUUUCGUUCUUUUUCAAAUAUAAAUCUCUCAUCAUCAUCAUCAUCAUCAUCAUCGAUACUCCU